GUGCCAUUAGUUGUUUGUUAUUCGCUCAGUUGAGGUGCCAUGUCCUCUGUUCCAGAUGGACAAAACCAUUUGAAUUACUAUUGUCGUUUCGACUUUAAUUUUCUUUGAGUUCUUUACGGUGUCAGAGGAGGCAUCUUCCAAUCCAAAGAUUUUCUGAAUAGGAAUGGUGAUGUUACCAAGGUUAACAACAAUUUCGAUGUUGGCGUAUGGCUUCUGUGCUGCCGUCGGUGCUGUGGGAUUGAUCCUCCUUCUGGCCUUACUAGGAUGGUGGAUUUAUAUUCACAUUUCGCCAUUUCAUGUGACAGUUGGUCGGAUUCCUGGUCCCAGGUUCUACUUGCCUCUUUUGGGCAACAUUUUGGAAGUCGCCGGAGGACUAGAUCAUAUUCUCCGUAUUUUUCAAGAAACGUGGACGAAGAAGUAUGGAGAAAUUUACAGAAUUUUCCUUGGCUCGCAUUGCUAUGUCGCCAUAUCUUCCCCUGAACUGCUAGAGACCAUUUUGAGCAGUCAGAAGGUCAUCGAUAAAGGAGUAUCAUAUGAUAUGUUGCUUCCUUGGUUGGGGGCCGGACUUUUAAUCAGCUCCGGGGAACUGUGGAGAUCCCGGCGCAAACUGUUGACACCAGCAUUUCAUUAUACGAUUUUGAAAAGUUAUUUCGAAGUUUUCAACGAGCAGAGUCGCAUUCUUUCCGGGAUUUUCGAAGGAUUGUGUCGGUCGUUUCCCGGAGGUAAAGGAGAAAUCGACGUCUACCCGUACAUUACAAGAUGUUCUCUGGACAUCAUUUGUGAGGCUUCAAUGGGAACAAGAAUUGAAGCACAGACACAGGAUUCUGAUUAUGUGAGAGCAGUGUACAGGAUUGGGCAACUCAUACUGGAAAAGAUGCUACGGCCGUGGCUGGAACAUCCGUGGGUAUUUUCAAAGUCGGCGUUGGGGAGGGAGCACGAUCAACUGCUAGGGACUCUUCAUGCAUUUACAGACGGUGUGGUCAGGGAAAGACGCAAGGCUUUAUGCGAAGAGGAAAACAACGUGCCGGAAGAAAGGGAGACUGGGUUUAGGAACAAAUUGCCACUUCUCGAUCUGUUGCUUAAAGCUUCGGACGAUGGGAAAGUUCUGUCGGAUCAGGAUAUACGAAAUGAAAUUGAUACCUUCAUGUUUGAGGGGCAUGAUACGACUACAUCGCUGAUGGCCUGGUUUCUGUAUUGCAUGGCAGUCAACCCUAAAUGCCAGGAGCAAGCUUUUGUGGAGUUGGAUAAUGUAUUUGGGAAUUCUGAAAGAGAUUGUACUCAAGACGAUAUUCCUAAUUUGAAGUAUCUUGAAUGCUGCAUCAAGGAAACAUUGAGACUCUAUCCUAGCGUUCCUGCUUUUGAAAGAAAUGUUAUCGAGGAUAUUGAAAUCGGAGGCUUUACCAUUCCUGCCGGAUGCACGUUGGGGUGUUUGACUGUUGCCACACAUCGUAAUCCAAAAGUGUUCCCAGAUCCUUUGGCUUACAAGCCUGAGAGAUUUUUACCGGAUGUGGCAGUCGGGCGACAUCCUUAUGCGUACAUUCCGUUUAGUGCUGGACCUCGCAAUUGCAUUGGACAACGGUUCGCAAUGUUGGAAGGGAAAGUUGUGCUAUCAACUCUACUUCGCCGUUUCAAAUUUGAAGUGUGCACAGCAAAGCCACCAAUUCCUUCGACUCAACUCAUUUUCAAGUCCUUGAAUGGCAUUAAUUUGGUGGUAUCUCUUCGUUGAAAACAUUCAGCUAAAAGAUCGGUGCUCCAAUUAGUGGUACACUCUGGAAAGGUUUCUAGUUUCGAAUUUAAGAUUUGCCUUUUUCAUUAAUACAUCACAGCACGUUCGUGAGGUUA